UCUCAGCAGGGCAAGCGAUCAUAUGGUCAGUCAUGUGCUAUUAUAUAGUCUUUGGUCAUGUGUGUAGCUAGCUAUUGUAUGCAUGAGUAAAAAUGUUGGAAGUGUUUAAUUCUUUAGUUACAUAUCUGAUAUAUGUGCUUCAUGAAUAGUUGUUAAUGCUUUUGUUGGGUGUACUCAGAAGUUAUGGCAAAAGAAGGAAGAGGUAUUGUGGCAACAAUUCUGAAGAACCUCGUGAACUCUCUGAGGCCCCGGCAGAUGUUCGGCAACGAGAUGGGAAAGGACCACCUGGGCAACACGUACUUCGAGAUCCCGGCCGACCCGCGGGCGGGCAAGCGCCGGGCGGAGCGGUGGUUCGCGCCCAAGGAGAAGGAAGACUUCGAGCAGCAGGUGCCGGCGGAGUGGGAGGCGUGGCUCAGAGGUCGGCGCAGCGAAGCGCCCAAGGAGGAGGAAGUGCUGAGGAACCUGGCUCUCAUGCAGGUGAAGAAGGAGAACGCCAGGAAGAUCGCCGAGAGAGAAGCCGCCUCGAGGGACAGUAGCAGUUUGGGGACAGAGGUCAAAGGAAAGGAAUCCUUCCCAGCUCGGAAGGAAUAUGAAAUAAUGCCUGGCAAGCCCCAAAAUAAGUAGCCGAAAAUGCAAGAUAAACACGUAGUCAAUUUUAAUGUUUUGAAUUAUAUUUAAUUAUUGUAAAGGUAUUUUGUUCCUUUCUCAAAGAGAAAAAAAAACUGCAACCUUAAAAAAUGGUUUUAUGUAUUUGAACUAAUAUACCCACUCUUUUUUUUUUGUUUCAUUAAAAAUGUGCUGUAAAGUUCAAA